AUGUCCAAUCCACCUUCAUUUACUCUUCUAGUUCUGCGGGUCUGCUGUUUUGCCACUUUGUUCUUUGUCAUUUCAUCCGCUGGGCUGACUGAAGAACACCGAAGUGUUCAUCCUGUUGAUCCUUAUUAUGCUCCCCGACGCCGGUUGGCACAAACUGAGCCGGUCUACAAUGUAUCCCUCUACUACGCCGAAGCAGGCUACCAAGAUUCCGCUCACUAUGCUUCAGUUAUCUCUUGGUCUAUGCGCUACCCGGCUGUUGUCGCUUCAGAUCAUCUUGGAAUACGAUCAAUAAAAUGUGAUAUUGACGGAAUUCACUUAGAAUUCUCCUCGCAAAAUUUCAAACUGCAAGCCGAUAAAUGGGCAUUUCCACUGGUCAUCGUGUUGGAUGGAGACACUGGAAACUGCGCUUCCGACGGACCAGGUUGGGAAAGGUACCACCCUUUCUUUGCGAUAUCACUACUUCAGUCUCAGUAUCAUGACGAUCAGCCAACCACUCUGAGUCUUUCCGGCUUCCGAUCUCGAUGGGACGUCGUUGCUUAUGAACACCAAAUACGAGUGGUUGAAGUGAAAGCUGAAGGUUCUAAUUCUCAACCCUCCAAGAAAUCGGCACACGCUCGAAGAGGACUUGCAGCCCCAACGACCCUGCACGUUUCACCUUCUUUGAACUUUGAUCACCGCGAGAACAAGUGUUCUACCGGCGAAGUCCCCAUCAACAUUUCUAAAUGGCCCUACGGAUCUCUUGAUAUUAAAUGCAAAAACUGCUUUGUUGAUUCUGACUUCCAACUCAGCAUUGAUUGGGCAAGUCGCAUAAUAAACGCCGGUAUCAAAUGUAUCAACAAACUCAUGAAAAGCUUAUACCGGGCUGAACAACAACUUAUUGCACUGGCUCAAUCGGCGGAACAUAUUGUGGUAUCUCAGUUUUCAAAGCUGAGCGAAAAGUUGGUGAAUUUGAUUUCGGAGUUUUACAACCGUGUAAACGAGAUUGCUUUGUCCACAGAUCACACUACGAAGAUCGAGCUGAAAGCAGAGCUAGGAAGAGCUAUUUCAUCAGUUGAAGACACCAGUGCCCAACUCCUUACGCUUACCCAAGGUCAAUUGGCCAUCGGCCUCAUCUCCGCUCCAAUAUCGCCUCAAAACGCUUUCCUAGCCACGCACGAACUCAAAGAAGUUAUAUCAAGUACCAGCAGUGAAUUAGAGCUUAUGAUAAAAAACGGCACUCAGUUGGUGACUGAUGAACUAACCCUGCCACUGUGUGACAGUACGGCUCCUCAUCGGAAAAACCACAUUGAGAAUUGCCGAAGACCACCCAAGGAAACAGCAGCCAGGUUGACAGGACGUUUGAAAGCGAAUUUCGAUGUGGAAUUGAUCUUGACUGGGUCCGGUGAAGUGUCAAAUGGGGAUGUCACCGUCCUAUCUAUAAAUCUGCCGGGGCUUGUGAUUCCGGGUAUAUUAUCGGUUGGCUCGAAAGCUCAAUUAAUCAGCAACACUGCUUUGGUCUUCACAAGCUCCGCAAACCUGACACUUGGCGCAGAGAUUUUCGUCACCAUCGUCCUCAGUUUGAAAUCAAUCCUCAACAGCUCUCCUUGUAUCAGCACUUCAAGCCGCAAGUUACUUUCGGGAUUGAUCUUCUUCUCGGAUCCCAAAACUUGGUUGCCGGAAUUGGAGCUGACGUAG